ACUAGCUCCUUCCUUGCAAACUUUCUCCUUCAAGCACUGCGGUGGCUCCUCCUCUCCGCCGGCGAUGGGUGGUUCCAGCAGCUUCCUCUGCCCGGGGGCAAGGAAGGAAGUCCCACCGCCUCCCCGGGCUGAUUCCCACAGCAGCAGCAGCAGCGUGGCCGCCACCGCGGCACGAACCUUGGCCUUCGACGAGCUCGCCGCGGCGACCAGAAACUUCAGAGACGACUUCCGCAUCAUUCGGCAGGCGAGUCUCUACAAAGGCUACCUAGGAGCCUCAAUCAGGUGAUGAUCCUGGCUAGCUAGCUAAUCCAUACUUCACUUAGUUUCAUAUAGUAUGUACCAUGCAUGAUGUCAUGAUCGACGUGCAUGAGGCGGAAAUUGAUGUAUGAGUGGGUCAUCAUACAAUAUUCGUUUUAGGUUGUUGCUAUAAAGUGCAGCAUGCCUUUGAUCCUAGUGGAUCAUCAUCAUCAUCAUCAUCAGAGCAACUCAACAAGGAGUUUCUUGCCCGUGUCCUGACGCUGAGCUCGCUGCGCCACCCGAAUGUCGUCAACCUCGUUGGCUUCUGCGCGGACGGCAAUCGCGGGAUCUUGGUUCACGAGUACAUGCCAUUGGGUUCUCUCCAAAAUCACCUCCAUGGUAUUUAUUGAUCGGUCUCCUGGCAAAGCACUGCUAGACUAGAACACAAGGAUAAACAUAGCUGCCGGCGUGGCCAAGGGUUUGGAGUAUCUGCACCACCAAGGUGUGGUGUACCGCAAACCCAUGAGUAGCUCGGACAUCUUGCUCGGAGAUGGCUACCACCCAAAGCUGUCGCAGUAUGGUUUGGCAAAGCUUCACCAGCUAGCUGCAGAGGAAGAGACCUUCACGCUAAGUACUAAUAUUGCCCCCGAGAUGUUAGCUACUGGGAGGGUGACCACCAAGUCGAACGUGUACAGCUUCGGCGGCGUGCUGCUGGAGUUGAUCACGGGACGGACCCCCUUCGACCCCGCCCAGGCCGUCGCCGAGGAUCGGAACCUUGGCAUAUGGGCCACACGGUUGAUGAAGGACAGGAGCCAGUUCCGCUGGAUGGCAGACCCGGCGCUGCAGGACCGGUAUCCGUCCAUGGAUUUGCACAAGGCACUGAAAGUUGCUUCCAUGUGCAUCCACCAACGGCCGGCCAUGAGAUCCCCCAUUGGCGCCGUCGUUGCAGCUCUGUCUCGCCUUGCCGCCUGCGACGAUCAUCCACCUGAAUCAUCACACCACGCGGCGCCUCGUUAACCUAGCGCGAAACGUGCGGAUGUUAAUUGGCCCGUAUUAAUAAUGGACUUAGAAGUUGACUUGGUUCUAGAGGUGGAACGGUGUGCGUACGGCGUAAGCAGGAUCGGGAAGUUUCAGCUGAUGAACCGAUCCAUGCUGAUACCCUACAUUCAUUCCGCUGGUGCAUGCAAGGGUUUCGGCUCAAGGCUUGUGGUAGAUACUACUAUGUCCCUGUGAUGCCUGUACUUCAGUCGGCGUUGUCGUUAUGAUAGUCGAGCUUAGGUCGUUUCUCUUUGGG